AUGAGCUUACAUACACACACUGGUUGGCUAUCUCACAGAAUGUCUCCACAUGCGUGCGGGGCUUGUCUUGAGGCGGAUGCGGGAUUCACGAUGGAGUGGAAGUUGGGAGGAAGGCCUGGGGAUGAGCGGCAACGCGUAGAAUUCAUUCACGCCAAUGAGACGUGGUAUCGACAGAGAAGUGUACCACUCAUGUCGUGUAGGCUAGCCCUUGCUGCCGCUUUUUUUGGGCAACGCGGAGCUGCCUGCAUACACGGGGAGAUCGCGUUGAAUUUGAGCGCGGGUUGUGCCAAUCAGAGAGCGGCGCUUGGAGCGGGGGCCGGUGAUGGAAGGACACUUGUUUAUGGUUGGCGGGAUUAUUUCGUCCGGCGCUGCGCAGCUGCGCAGCUUCGGCAACCGCCGGCUUGCGAAAGCCGAUGAUGGCCGCUUCGAGACAGCCUACUUCGCACAUUGUGGUGCGCUGGUUGGCCGCUGUUGUGUACGUAGAGGCAAAAAAACGUCCGGUGACUGGCAAGCCGCCGGACGGCACGCAGUGUCGCCGAGAGGCCCGUGUAUAGAUGCCGUAGUAUGCCUAGGCGUUUCAAAUCUUUCAGGGCUCGUCGAAAACGGCACCCGUUUACCCGGUGGGGUGAACGCAUAAGAAAAGGUAAGGCUUGUCUUGCAUAGGAAAGCGACGAGGUUGCGAAGGGCUUUUCCGUUGUGAGUUCACGCAUACCGUGUAUGCCUUGGAUCACGUGAGAUGGCUGCGGGAUCUUAUCCUACGCCCCGCGAGCUUGUGUCGCCAUGGAGGUGUCUGUUGUGUUGUAAAAGGGGACAGUGGUUUUUUUUUCUGAGGAAGCGUGAGUGAGUCCUCCUUUCAGAUCACGACGACCCCCUCACCUUCAACGCUUUUAUUGUGCCCUAAGUCCUUCUAGAAGCGUCCCCUCGUCCGGCAUGGAUUUCCCAGACCGUCUGCGACCGCUCCCCUAAAAAUCAUAUAAAAUCUUCCAUUACUGUAAAAUGUAAAUCUACACUGGGUCCUUCACACGACCCAGAAUACUUUCACGCUAUCCGUAGGGGUAUAUUUUCUGACCGCUGAAAGUAGCAACCAUUAUUUUAGAUACAGAAGUCAUCUACUAAUGCAUAAGAACAAGAAAGCUUCUGAGUCGGUCUCUCCGCCGGAUCAAGACGAAGUUCUCAACUUUGGAUUAGACGUCUUUGCUCUACCGAGCAGUAUAUUCACUGAAGAUCAGCUUAAGCUGCUGAGAGACAAGACCUUGGCUGACAUUGAAUCGCGCAGGAAAGAAGAGAAGUUACCACAGAGUUUUGAGAAGGGGGCAACGAACAACGGCAAGCAUAAGAUUGGAUUAAGGCAGUAGCCGCAGGUUGGAGUGAGAAAAGGAAGAAAGAGGCAAUAUCUGAACUCGAAUACUCUUCCUCAGAAAAAGAAACCGACGAUCCCAUUUGACGAAACAACAGUGUCGAUUGUCCAUGUCGAAAGACUUGAAUUCGAAACCGGACUCCUUUGCUUGCGUUUUGUAAAAUCUCGUUCAGGCAGAAUCAAUCACACAAGCGAGUGCAAAGAAAUUGACUGGAAACGUUUACACGUGUGAGAUCCCAUAAAUCCUUUCGCCGCCAUGAACUAUGAAUGCGAGCGGCAACUGGCAAUCCUGACCUCGCCCUCAGCACAAUAGCAGAGUUAGUCCUCGCCAACAGCAACACUCCAUCCCACUCUGCCUUUUUCUAGUCCCAAUCAUGAAGGCGUCCGAUCUCCUAUCGCUGGAUAAACAGUUCUCAUUCUA